AUGGGACCACCAACCGUUUUAUCCUGUGAAGAAGAGAAUAGAAUUAAACAGUGGAUAAUAGAUAAGGCUUGUAUUGGAUAUCCUAUGCAUCCUAACAUAGUUAAAAGUGCUAUAAAAAAUGUUCUGGACAAAGCUCCACGUCCCAAUUGCUUUAAAAAUAACAUGCCUGGUCAAAAAUGGUUAAAAUUAUUUCUUAAAAGGCAUCCAGAGAUUGGCUUAAAAUAUGCAGAAGUGUUGUCUAGAAGUAGGGCUUCAGUUACUGAAGAAAAUAUUAGACAAUGGUUUGCAGAAUUAAAAACCUAUUUAGAAAAAGAAAAUGCUUCUGAUAUUUUAAGUAACUCUUCUCGUAUCUACAACAUGGAUGAGACAGGGAUGCAGUUAUGUCCCAAAACUGGAAAACUAUUAGGAGCAAGAAAUAAAAAAAAUAUGUAUGUUAUUUCACCAGGACAAGAAAAAGAAAGCAUAACAGUUCUUUGCACUUAUAGUGCUGAUG